CGAGAGUUGAAAGUUGGGACUCUUACCAGACAGUAGUACGUUUCGCUUCAGGCAUUGUACCUUCUGGUAUACCUCAGCAAUCCAUCUAUCCAGAAACAAGACAAAGCGUAGACUUCACUUGUACUCCUCUCCUCUCGAACAAUUCCUCAACUGAAACCAAAACCCACCAACGAGAAACCGCAAAACCACCAUCCUCUCCUACCCCCACCCGCCACCAUGUUUAGGGACGUAUCGGCGUGCAACACCUACAACUACGGCGACGCCCUCUACUGGGACGCCCGUUACAUUCAAGAAGCGAACUGUGGUUCCUUCGAUUGGUACCAACGCUAUUCAGCUCUCCGCCCCUUUAUCCGAAAAUACAUCUCCCCAAGCUCGCGGGUUCUCAUGGUUGGUUGCGGGAAUGCCGUUAUCUCGGAGGACAUGGUUAAAGAUGGUUUUGAAGAUAUAAUGAACAUUGACAUAUCAUCUGUAGCUAUUGAGAUGAUGAGAAAGAAGUAUGAGGACGUGCCCCAAUUGAAGUACAUGCAAAUGGAUGUAAGAGAUAUGAGUUUCUUUCCUGAUGAUUCAUUUGAUAGCGUCAUUGAUAAAGGCACUCUUGACUCGUUGAUGUGUGGUACUGAUGCUCCAAUUAGUGCUUCUCAAAUGUUGGGGGAAGUGAGCAGGCUUCUUAAACCUGGAGGACUUUAUAUGUUGAUAACAUAUGGUGAUCCUACUGUGCGGAUGCCUCAUAUACAUCAGCCAGUUUACAAUUGGAAAAUUGAAUUGUACAUCAUACCUAGACCUGGAUUUCAACGGCCUGCUGGAUCCACUGCAUCGAGGUCACACUUGGAGCCUGUUCCUCUCACAGAGAAAGGUCUGCUACCUGCAGAUUAUGUUUUGGAAGAUCCUGAUUCUCAUUUCAUUUACGUGUGUAAAAAGAUAGAUGAACCGAUUGAUCUCAGUGACAUAUCUACAAAUCCUUUGACUGAUGGCGAAAUGCAGAGAUAACAAUAGAGCUCGGCAUGCAGGCAUUUUGUAGCAGUUUAGCUCCUGAUAAAUUGGCGAGGGUGUCGGUUCCACUGGAGAUGAGAAAAAGGGGGAAAGUUGUGUGUGGAAUUUGCACAAUGGAAAAUCUGUUACUGGUUGGAAAAUUACAAGCUCAGAUUAAACUUCAACAAAUUAAUGUUCUAUACCAAAAAGGUAAUACGGGAUAGGGGUUAACUCUUGAUAUUGCUGAAUCAUAUCUGUUGUCAACCAUGCUUUCUUUGGAAGAUACCCCCCCUCUUUGCAGCCUGAUGCUUCUUGUAUCACAUUUCCUGCAAAUGAUUAACUUUCUUGACAUAGUGCUGAAAAAUGGUGACUUGAGAUUUUCCAAUGUGAGAUCCGCUGUUAUAUUGUUUUGGUUGCAA